UGGGAGCUGAGUCACUGCACAGAGUGAACGAGAGGGGGAGGAGCAGAGAUCUGUUUGUGUUCAGAGGAAGUGAAACUGUUCGACAGUCACUGGCAGCAGCUGAAAUGGCGGAGCAAGAAAAUCAACUGAACAGAGAAAGAUUCUGCUGUUCGAUCUGUCUGGAUCUACUGAAGGAUCCGGUGACUACUGGCUGUGGACACAGCUACUGUAGGAGCUGUAUUAACACCCACUGGGAUAAAGGGGAGGAGGGAGGAAGCUACAGCUGCCCAGAGUGUAGACAGACCUUCACACCGAGGCCUGUCCUGGGGAAAAACACCAUGUUAGCUGAUUUAGUGGAGGAGCUGAAGAAGACUGGACUCCAAGCUUCUCCUGCUGAUCACUGCUAUGCUGGACCUGAAGAUGUGGCCUGUGAUGUCUGCACUGGGAGAAAACUGAAAGCUCUCAAGUCCUGUUUGAAUUGUUUGGCCUCUUAUUGUGAAAAUCACCUCCAGCCUCAUCUUCAGUCAGCUCCAUUGAAGAAGCACAAGCUGGUGGAGCCCUCGGAGAAGCUCCAGGAGAACAUCUGCUCUCGUCACGACGAGGUGAUGAAGAUAUUCUGCCGCACUGAUCAGCAGUGUAUCUGUUAUCUCUGCUCUAUGGAUGAACAUAAAGACCAUGACACAGUGUCAGCUGCAGCAGAAAGGACUGAGAGGCAGAGAGAGCUCGGGCUGAGGAGAAAAACAAUCCAGCAGAGAGUCCAGGACACAGAGAAAGACGUGAAGCUGCUUCAACAGGAGGAGGAGGCCGUCAAUGGCGCUGCUGAUAAAGCAGUGAAGGUAAGUGAGGAGAUCUUCACUGAGCUAAUCCAUCUGCUGGCGAAAAGAAGCUCUGAUGUGAAGCAGCAGAUCAGAUCCCAGCAGGAAACUGAAGUGAGUCGAGUCAGAGAGCUUCAGGAGAGACUGGAGCAGGAGAUCACUGAGCUGAAGAGGAAAGACCAUGAACUGAAGCAGCUCUCAGACACCGAGGAUCAGCACCAGUUUCUACACAACUACCCCUCACUGCCACCACUCAGUGAAUCUACACACUCAUCCAGCAUUUGGAUCCGUCCUAUGAGGAUCUUUGAGGACGUGACAGCAGCUGUGUCACAGGUCAGAGGUCGAAUACAGGACAUUCUGAGUGAGACAGAGACAGAGAUUUUACAGAUUGUGUCUCAAGUGGAUGUUUUAGAGCCAGACACCAGAGCUGACUUCUUAAAAUAUUCACAGGAAAUCACACUGGAUCCAAACACAGCAAACAGACAUCUGUUAUUAUCUGAGGAAAACCGAAAAGUAACACGUAUGAAGAAACUACAGUCUUAUUCUGAUCACCCAGACAGAUUCACUGAUAGGUGUCAGGUCCUGAGUAGAGAGAGUCUGACUGGACGUUGUUACUGGGAGGUGGAGGUGGGGGUGGGAGGAGCAGUUCGUAUAGCAGUCACAUACAAGAAUAUCAGCAGAGCAGAAGGCCCAAUAUGUCUAUUUGGAAACAAUGAUAAAUCUUGGUCAUUAUAUUGUGAUGGUGACAGUUAUAACUUUUUUUACAACAGCAUCAAGACUCCAGUGUCAGGUCCUCUGUCCUCCAGAGUAGGAGUGUACCUGGAUCACAGUGCAGGUGUUCUGUCCUUCUACAGCGUCUCUGACACCAUGACUCUCCUCCACAGAGUCCAGACCACGUUCACUCAGCCUCUCUAUGCUGGAGUUUGGGUUAAUCGUUCUGGGUACACAGCUGAGUUGUGUAAACUAAAAUAGACUCCAGUCAUUAAAAGCAGUGAUUAAGAAUCUGUCUGUAAAUCUUUAACUUCUUUUGUCUCCAUGUUUGUUGAUCAAGUUCGUCGUGGUGACGUUUCUGCUCCGCACAGAGAUCAGCUGUCAGUCAAACACUGACCUUCCUUUAUCACACAUAUUUAGUUCUCACUUUGUAAAGACAGAAAUCUAUAAUUACACUGACAUGAAUGUGUUUGAAAGAACUAAUGUCGCUGUCAAUGUAGAAAAUAGGUUGUGUGAUGAGUGUUGCAAAGGGGCGGAACAUUAAACAAGAGUAGGCGAGCUGAGCUCAGCUGGAGCCUGGAUGCAGCUAGUUGGAACAUUGUCUGCCAGAAAAGUAAACCUAUGAUUUUGUGUUGUUGUUGAACGUCUUUUUCAUUACCUAGCAUGUUGAUUACUUGUUACACUGAACUGAUACCAAGUUCAUUUGUAUACAGUAGGCUAACUUUUAACAGCAGUGAGAGUACCAUGUAUGUACAGUUGCAUCAGAAAUAUUCAACCCCUCCAAAGAUUUUGAGGAUUUAUCAAUUAAAGUUUUUUCAAAGAGCAAGAUUCUGCCUUGGAUGACUAGUUUUUGUGUGUAAAAGUAAAUUUUGUUAAGAAAUAAUAUAAUAUAUAAUAUUGUUGUUUUUAAAGCUGUCUGACAGUUUUUUUUUAAAUUAAUUAAUUAAAUUUGUUUUUACUCCCGAAUCUGAUUUAGAGUAAAGUUUAGCAAUUUAUAUUUAAAUAAUCCAAAACACCAACUCGCAAAUGCAAAGCUGGUGGAAUAUUCUCAGUAUUAGCUCUUCAACUGACUUCAUUCUAUAGCAGCUUUCUCUAUCAUAUAUUGCUGCCUAUGUUUUAAUCAAGCCUGCAGUAUACAUUUGUUUAAUCUUUCAGGUAGGAUGCAGAUUGAUAAGUCUAAUACCCGGAAUACUAGUAUAACAAAGGACAAAACAUUUUAAGGUUUUAGAUACGAUUAGGUUCUGGUUUGCUUCCAGUAUCUUCUGAUGACAAACACAAUAAACCACUAUCAUGCCACUA